AUGGAUAAAGACUUCCGCUACUACUUCCAGCACCCGUGGUCUCGCUUAGUUGUGGCUUACUUAGUGAUCUUCUUUAACUUCCUAAUAUUUGCCGAGGACCCAGUAUCUCACAGUCAGACAGAAGCCAAUGUCAUCGUUGUUGGUAACUGUUUCUCCUUUGUAACAAAUAAAUACCCUGAAGGAGGAGGCUGGAGAUUUUUGAAGGUGCUUCUGUGGCUGCUUGCCAUUUUCACAGGACUGAUAGCUGGGAAAUUUCUCUUCCAUCAGCGCCUGUUUG